AUGUCUUAUAAUCUAUGUUAUUGGAGUACUCCAGAGUAUGUAGCAAAGUCAACGAAGUACUCAAAGAACCGCCUAACAGAGAAGGGAGGUGAAGGAGCUAGUCCUUCUAAACAUACAGGUGGGUCCAUAACACAUGAGGAGCAUGCUAGACGCAUACAAAAUGCUAAGACAGACAAAGCUCCUCCAACAGCAGCUGAGUUGUUUCUCCACACCCAUACAAAGAAGAGUGAUCGCAACAAAUUUGUUGAUAAACGAGCUGAAAUUGUUUAUUUGCAAGUGAUUCUCUCAACGAAAUUGUUUAUGAUUCUCAGUUGUGUGAUUGAUUUUUCUAUUAUGAUAUCUUGCAAGUAUUGUAAAUGUGAUAUCUUGCAGGAAAAUUAUCUGAAGCUAAAAGAACAACAUUCAAGCCAGUAUGUGGGAUCAGAUCAUGUGGAAGGAGAUGGAGGAACUAUUAAUGAGGAUCAAUUGUUCAUUACUGCAACAGGAGGAUGGCAAGGAAGUCGAGUUUAUGGUUUAGGUAGUGCUGCCUCUUCUGCCUUCUCUCAAACAGGAACUGGGGGAACAUCAACAAAUGUUCCAUCAUCCCAAUCACCAGAAUGGAAGAAGGAAAUUGAAGCAAAGUUUGAAGAGAAGUAUAAUAGUUUGCAAAAACUUGUAGAAGACCAAAAUCAGGUGAUAGCUCAAAUGCGUGAAGAACUACAGACAACGAAGAUGGGACAGCAGUCUUCCUCAUUGAUGCCAUCAUCGUCUGAUAUUCCUCCAGCUCGUAGAUCCCUUGGUGAUUCACAUAUGGAUUAG